CGCGAAUGUCUUGUCAAUGUAAUAUACACUGGUUAAGGUACAUUUGGGGUGAACUAACGUAGCAGUAGAAAUAGUAAGGGGUAGAGGGUAGGGACGACCCAAGCAUCCAUGUUUGCGUUUCAUUUGUGUUUCCUGUUAUGUUGCAUGUAAUUUCCGGUUCUUAACCGUCGAUGGUCCUAUACAUCAAUGGGAAGACUGGAGGUUUUGGGAAGCCCUGUGGGGAUGCAAGCGCAUAUACAGAGAAGCAAAGUUUAUGCUUGAGUUACUCUAGGACCCCACUGGAUGUGAGCACUCCUCUGUAUUGUUAUGCAAGGUCUUGGAUGUGUGAACCUUGGAAGUCGUUGUUCAAGAACAUUUUGGAGAACAUUUAGACCUGUGGCUUCAUGAGUGUAUAGAGCCACAGAAAUGAAUGAAGGACCGGUGGAUAACCAAGGUUCCGGCAGAGGGCCAGGGGAGGAAGACAUGGAGAUAAACGGAGAGGUACUAAAACCUACAAAUGAUCUACUUAUAGAAAGGGAGGAGAGGACUGAGGUUGGGGACAAUGGGCUGGAGAGGACCUCUCAGGUCCUAUCGCCACUGGAGGCCCUGGCUCCCUCGGACAGCCUUGACAUUCAGGACCAUGCCACCUCUGUUCCUGUGAUGACAGGCCAUGGGCAGACAGAGAAGAUCCCAGGGGGAGUUGCGGAGGAACAACCUGUAGACUGGUUUGAGCCCCUGGAGGAUGACAAUUAUGAAGAUGACACACAGGGUUGGAACUUGGGCCUUGCGAUGGGGGAGCGACGCGUCAAUGGCAAAGGGGAUGCCGAAGAGGAGAGUGUUGCAGGGAGCGAAAGGAGCGGUAGCGUGGCAGGCCUUGAGAAGAAAAUCAACAGCAACAACCUGUUUUCUGUUUAUAGACGGAAGAAAAGAGUAACAGUUGAAGAGGGCUGGGAGGACUGGCCGGCACUUGGAAAGGGGUGGAAGCGCAAAGCGGUUGUUCGUCGUUCAGGUUCUAGUGUUGGCCAGAGUGACGUUUAUUACAUGAGUCCGAGUAAUGAGCGUGUGAGAAGUAGGGUUGAGCUUUCCAAAGUCCUGGCAGAUACUCUGGACAUGACAAUGUUUGAUUACAAAGCAGGGGUGUUCAGGGGUGCUGGACAACCCAAGCCCUUGCGUGCGAGAAAGACGAACAUACAGAAGGAUCCUCCUCCCUUAGUGGACUGUGGAUUUUCCUCAGAGUCCAGCUUGAAGGACAGAGGGGACCGGGCAGACAGUCCUGACUCCCAUCACAGACUGACCCCUCUGAGUCACAGCUCUAUGGUUACGCCAAGCAAAGAUCUCCAACAUACCACUCCCCCAAGACCGAACUCGUCUCUCGCAAAGAUUAGUUCAGCUUCUGUCGCUCAUGAUGUGGAAGAUGUGAAGCAAAAUGCAACUAAACUGCCCUUGAGCCCUGCAUCAUCACUUUCAGUCUCCAUCAAUGGGAAGGCUGGUUCAGAGCCCUUCUUUGGCAUCUGUGCCAUUUGUGGUAAUUCAUAUACAGGCUCAGAGUAUGAAAGGCAGAUGAAGAGUCCCUGUUGCACCAUAUGCAGGGCCAACAAUCCAACUAUAGCCAAGAUUCAACUUCAUCAAAGAUUCAGAAAGUGGAUUCCUUGUGGUCACUGUAGGGCUUGCCUUACCACAGAAGAUUGUGGGAGUUGUGCGAACUGCAAAAAAACACUGAACCCUGACACCAGAAAACUUGUCCGCUGUCGGAAACGUAAAUGCAAAUGUCCUAUCCUCAAGUAUAAACCCGAUGGUCCCCAAAUGUUGGAUCCCUAUCCCAUGACGAAUUUUCAGAUUGACAGCAGAGAAUUGCAGAACUCCACUUCUCAAUUCAGUGACCCUGAGGACUUCUCUGUGAAUGUCGAUAUAGAAGAUGACGAUGAAGAGUUUGAUGGUGAUGAUGCUGACUAUGAGGCUUGGGUGAGGAAACGUAAGCGGCGCUCCUGUGGGAAGUGUGAAGCCUGUAAUAGUAGGACAGACUGUGGCACUUGUGAUUUCUGCAUAGACAAACCCAAGUUUGGAGGCAGCAAUAAGAAGAGACAGAAGUGUCGUCUACGGCAGUGCCAGAGACAGGCCAUGAGACACUUGUUGCCCUUUCAGUUGGGCCAGACUGAUUUUGGGUCCCAAGAGGGGUGGGUGCAGCUUGGCAGGCCUAGGCCUCACUUUACAUACAGUCGCAAGACAACCUCAAAGAAAAGAAAAACACCGCAUCUGCAAGUGAACAUGGAGUUCACUGAUGAUGAUGACGACGAGCCACUGCAGCAAGAAGAGGAUUAUCGCUACAUGGAAACAGCACAUUGGCGCCCUAUGCUUCCCAGCAAACGCCGGGAUGAGAAUUUCAGAAACCACAUACCGACAGUCCAGGCUCACAAAGAGACUGUGGAAAUUGUCAAAAAUAAUUCACUUCUGGAGCAUGUCCCAGAUAUCCUCAACCUUAUAAGUUCUCCAGCAUAUUGCACACUGUUCAAACCGGCAGACCCCGCGGUGAAAUAUGUUGGACCCCCAGUUGAGAGUACAUCCUCAGCAGCUCCGGACAGACAGAGUGGAAUGAAUGGAGGAAGGCCAAGUGUGGACAUGGAUGUGGAAACGCCGUCUGUGGAGCCAGAAGUGGAGGAGGUCACACCUAUGAUCACUCAGAUCUUCAGUCUUGCUGACAGUGCAGGAACAAGUGGGAUCGACCAAGAACAUGAGCUGUUAAAGCUACUGAAGUCCAUUCACAGCUCUGCACUCCCCACACUCUGGUUUGCCAUAAUGGUGGAGGGCCCGACACUACAGCUACUGCAGUGCUCUAAGCUCUCCCACAUGGUGGACACAACCGUGCAGAUUGACCCGAGCUUCUACUAUCAGAUCUGUGUACAGGGCCAGCCGCUGCUCCUCACCCACCCGCUGUAUGAAGUUCACCCAUCCUGCUUGACAUCUGUGCCCCAGGUGGCAAACCUGCUCCUGGAUCUAGAGAAGUACAAUGUGUGCCAGGGGGUCCCGACCAAGGAACAGCCAUUCAGCCAGGCUCCAAUUAUCAUUGAGCGGGCAUCAACCUGUGACUUUCUGGUACUUAAAGAAACCGAGCACUGUGUGAGGUGUAAGGCCUUAUCCUGCAGCUAUUAAGGCCAGACACCACACCGUAAUAGGGAUUCCCCCCCUUAAUCAUAUCACAAUCAACUUUCUACAGUUGAAUGUAGACACAAAUAAUAUUUUUUUGUAUUACAAUUUCAGAUUUAAAAAAAAUUGAAUUAUACAAACUAGGUGACAUCUCAAUUAAAUAUUUGCAUAUCCCACACACAAAAAAAGUCACUGGAUUAAGUCAGCCUAAAUAUUUUUGGUUUCAUAUUGUUAAGACACUCCAGGACCGGACUUACUCAGUGCAUUGUGGACAAAUAAUUUAAAAAUAUUUUUAAUUUGUAAAAUACUAAAGACAUGAAAGUAAAAUGCAUUUUGGCACAUUAAAAAACAAACAUAUUUAGAAUAUUUGGGCAAGUAUGAGAAUAUAUCUAAGAUUCACUAUUUGCUUCUGAAGCUGGGGGAAAUGAGUUGGCGUGUGGAAAGAGUCUUGACUUUUCGGAAUUGGCAGUUAGACAAGUACACUGAAUUUAGACUAACAAACACCUAUUUAGACCCAAUCACCAUCUCUUCAAAGUAAGUUACUACAUAUAGUUCAGUUUUUUACAUUUUCUAUGAAAUGGGCUUAUAAAUUGUGUAAUCCAAUGUAGUGGGCUUUGAAAUUAUGGAUGUUUGUCCAUUUUAAAGUGGUUAAAAUUAAUGACAUUUUGAUGACUGUAGUAUGAUAAACUAAUGAAAAUAUGCACUAUCAAGAUUGUCAUUUUUGUUUACUUUUUGAAAAUACUAAUGUUAAUGGACCAAAAUACCAACAAAUCUAAAAAUUGAUAGGUAGAUGCUGUGAUGUCAUUUCAGCCUGUGGUGCCUGGCCUUAAAAACAUUUGGUGCCGCAGGGUUAAGAGUCACCAGCACUUAGCAGUGUCACAGUACAGAGCAUCACAGCUCUGCCCUUAAAGAACAUUUCAAGUCUGCUGGCAAUGGACAACCAGGGCUGUAGUAUUUUACGCUUUUACCACUAGACUUUGCAAUUAUAUUUAAGAAAUUGAGGAAAGUGUUUUUUAUAGCCCAUUUUGUUAGUCUGUCUUACAAAUAAAUGUACAAAUCAU